GCUCCCGGUGCCCUCCUCCGUGACGUGCCUGGCCCAGGCCGCGCAAGGGCGCUGUAGCUGCCAGAGCCGCUGUCAUGGCGUCUGAGGCGCUGUCUGAGGAGAACCCGCCGCGGUCUCUUUAGAGCGAGGGGCGGGCGGCUGGGUAUGGAGAGCGGCCCCGAGAGCCUGCAGCCGCUAGAACACGGAGUGGCCGCCGGGCCGGCGCCAGGGACAGGUUCUCCGCAGGAAGGGCGACAGGAAACCAGGCUCGCCGCUGGGGAUAGUCCUGGAGUAUGGGCGGCGGAGAGCAGCGGCGGGAAGGGGCAGGGGGCGGCAGCCGCCGGGAGGAGCCUCUCGGACUCGGCUUCUCCCGCCGGCUCGCCUCGGGUUCUCGUACCCUGCAGCUCCCUCCCGGGCUUGGACUUGAAGGGGAGCGAUUUGGAGAAUCCUGCUGCCCAGAAGGCGCCUCUGACAGGGCAGCACAAGGUGACCGCCUCCCCGGAGGUAGCCGAGGCCGGAGCCGACCAUGAGUUGGGUCCGGCCGGAGACGCGGGCGCCCUCGCGGAUCCCGCCGGCACCUGCCGGGCAGAGUCGGCGGCCGCGGGCUCCGAGGAGCCCAGCAGCGGCGGCGGCCUCAGCAGCAGUUGCAGCGACCCGAGCCCUCCCGGGGAAUCGCCGAGCCUGGACUCCCUGGAGUCGUUCUCUAACCUGCAUUCUUUCCCAAGUAGCUCCGAGUUCAAUAGUGAGGAAGGAGCUGAGAACAGGGUCCCCGAGGAGGAGGAGGGCGCGGCGGUGUUGCCCCGGGCUGUGCCUCUGUGCCGAGAGGAGGAGCAGGAGGAGGGGGAGGCAGCCCAGGUGCUGGCGGCCUCCAAGGAACGCUUCCCAGGACAAUCUGUUUAUCAUAUCAAGUGGAUCCAGUGGAAGGAAGAGAACACACCCAUCAUCACGCAGAAUGAGAAUGGACCCUGCCCUUUACUGGCCAUCCUCAAUGUUCUGCUUCUGGCCUGGAAGGUGAAACUUCCACCGAUGAUGGAAAUCAUAACUGCUGAACAGCUGAUGGAAUAUUUAGGAGAUUACAUGCUUGAUACAAAGCCAAAAGAAAUUUCAGAAAUUCAACGUUUAAACUAUGAGCAGAAUAUGAGUGAUGCUAUGGCAGUACUGCACAAACUACAGACAGGCUUGGAUGUAAAUGUAAAAUUCACUGGUGUUCGAGUGUUUGAAUAUACACCAGAAUGCGUAGUAUUUGAUCUUCUUGAUAUUCCUUUGUACCAUGGAUGGCUAGUGGACCCUCAGAUUGAUGACAUUGUAAAAGCUGUCGGUAACUGCAGCUACAACCAGCUAGUGGAGAAGAUCAUCUCUUGUAAGCAGUCAGACAACAGUGAGCUGGUUAGUGAAGGCUUUGUAGCUGAGCAGUUUCUAAAUAACACAGCCACUCAACUGACAUACCAUGGAUUAUGUGAACUAACUUCGACGGUUCAGGAAGGAGAACUUUGUGUGUUCUUUCGGAAUAAUCAUUUUAGCACCAUGACCAAAUACAAGGGUCUACUGUAUUUGUUGGUAACAGACCAGGGGUUUCUCACUGAAGAAAAAGUUGUUUGGGAAAGCCUACACAAUGUCGAUGGUGAUGGAAAUUUCUGUGACUCAGAAUUUCAUCUGCGGCCUCCUUCUGAUCCUGAAACUGUAUACAGAGGACAACAAGAUCAGAUAGAUCAGGACUAUCUUAUGGCAUUAUCUCUACAACAAGAACAGCAGAGCCAAGAGAUCAAUUGGGAACAAAUACCUGAAGGAAUCAGUGAUUUGGAACUAGCAAAGAAACUCCAAGAAGAAGAGGAUAGACGAGCUUCGCAAUAUUACCAGGAACAGGAACAAGCAGCUGCUUCUGCUUCUACACAGGCCCAGCAAAGCCAGCCAGCACAAGCCUCUCCAUCGAGUGGCAGACAAUCUGGGAAUAGUGAACGUAAACGAAAGGAACCUCGAGAAAAAGAUAAAGAAAAAGAAAAGGAAAAAAAUAGCUGUGUCAUUUUGUAACAAGUGUGGAUCUUGUUGGAAUCAUCUGUAUGUCUUCAGAAACAAAACCAUAGGAGGAAAGGAAGAAAAACCGAUAAAUACCGUCUGUGCCUGAUUUCCCAAUGGAUUUUGUUCAUGUUUUUCAGGGGAAAGGUUGUUACUUAGUUACAAUCAGACUUUUUCAAGUCACACAGUAUACUCUUUAUGAGCUGGAGUUUCAUGUUACAAGUUGAAAAUGCUGUGUGUUGUCAUUCAUGAAAAAUAAUGCACUUGUAGCCAAAUAAGCAAAUCACAGCAAAUUUGUGUCAUAGUGACAUUCAUAACUCAUAUCAGUUAGUAAGCUAUUUCAUCUUCUGUUCUAACAAUGAAUAGUAUUCAUUGUUUCCUUCCUCGAAUCUAAAUAUUAGCACAAUAAUUUCUGAAAUUAAUUUUUACAAUGUUAAAUUAUGAUCUAAUCCAUGAGAAACCAGGGGUUUAAUAUAGAUUUAAAAAGAAAAGAAAAGACAAAAAUAACAAAAAUAAAUAACCCUCAAUUGUAUAUUGGACUGGUUUAGCCUUUGAACAGCUUUACCUUUCUUUAGGAAUGUACAUUUUAGAUAUAUCUUGAGAACUGAUAAUGGAGCUUGGAUUUAAUUUAGAUAGAAAAAAAAAAAUUUGUAUUUCUUUUCCAAUAAAAAACAUUAUAUAGCACCAAUACUCAUCAAAAUCAAAUCUUAAUAACUUUGUAGUGUUAUAAAAUUUGAGGAAUUUUGAAAUCUUUAAUAAAGGUUACUUGGACCACAGUUACUAUUUAUUGAUAGUGUGCUAAGUGAGUAUAAAGAGGAAACCAUGUGGAUGCUAGGCCUUGUAAAUAUGGAGAUGUAGAAAUAGAAAAGGAGAUAGUUCAGUGUCUACCUUUUUCUAGAAAUACCUUGAACCUUAAAUUUUAAAUCAUGUUUAUUUUCUAGAAAAUUAAGUAUACUUAUUAAAACCAACAAAAAAGCACAUUUUUGAAAAGAUGUUAGAUAAUCUCUGAGUCUAGUGGAAAAGCAUUAGUAAAAAUCUGUUUGAGGAUAAGAAUUUGGAGGAAUUUAUGUAGAAGCAAUCAGAUUAUUCUAACUUAUGAGAACCAAAUAAACCUAUAACAUAGUGUUUGUAGGUUUCAGAAAGAAUAUUUAUUGAACUUUAUUAUAAGGCAACACAUAUUUUCCUGUAUUUCUAUAGUUUGGAAAACUAUCCUUAAUAGUCCUUUUUAUAUGCUUUAUAUUUAAAAGUUUGUUUUAGUCAUUUUUGAAAAGACUAUUGCUGCUGCAAGUAGUUACGUGAUUUACAUUCUAAGUCUCAGUAAAUUUGUUUGUUCAAGAGCAUUUUAAUCUAACCUGAGCAUCCACUUGGAGAAUGCUUUAUGUGGUCUGGGGUGACAAAAGACUACAAAAAAAAUGUGGUCUUGAUUUCUUAAGCUAUGUCCUUAACAUUCUCCGUGAUCCAGGACCAGAUAUAAGAUAAAUCUAUAUGUAAAAAGUAAAGUCUUAUUUAUGGAAGAAAUUAUUCUAAGGGAAAUAUCCAGGGUCAAGCUGUAUCUUUUACAUCCUUCUAUAUUGCAUGUCUGUUUAUGUUAUACCAUUUGUUAUUCCUUCAAAUUUCAUAUGCUAGCAUCAUAAGUCAUCAGAGAACCUGUUUGGGGUAUAAAACUUUCAUACAAAAUAUUUGGUGAGUCUCUUGAUAAUAACCCAGAAUAUGUGUAUAUUGCUAAAGUAAUCACAUGUACUACAGAAUUCUCUAUUGGCUCAAACAAGUUAAUUUUUAGGCCAAGUUUAUUCUUGAUAUCACUCUGUUGGUUAAAGGAGGAAACUCAAACCUCAGGGUUUGUUUUUCCCAGAACAGAUAGUAGUGACAGUGCAUUAUAUUUUAUUAAGAAGCAAAACAAUAAAUCCUGAGAAGUUUUAAAAAACAUAUUUAAGGCAUAUUUUUCCAUAAUUAUAUACUUAACUAUUUAUUGCCCUUGAAAAAUAUAUGUGUAGAAGGUAUUCCUCUGUUAAUUGUUACUGUCUUAAUUUGUUCCAAAGAUAACACUGCCAUUCUGCAGUCCCAUUAGAAGAAAAAAAAAUUCACUCAAAACCAGCAGUGCUGCUAUCAGAUAAGUAAAUGUCAAUGUAUACUUAUAAGAAAUAACUAAGAAUGUAAUGUGUUUGUUAAUUCAACCUUUUUCUAUGUAGUAUUUCCCAGUCAGUCUUUCUUACAUUCCUGGAAUUCAGUUUGAUAUACCAAGAGUAAUAAUGAUAAAAUGUUUACUUUGAAUACUGUGGGGGAAAAUUAAAUGUUCAAUUCUAUUAAAAAAAAAAAAAAACUUCUGAGAGAUACUGGUUUCCCAUCCUUGAAAGUUAUAAAGAAUUUAGAGCUAUUAUGUCUUUAUUUUGCUCAAGUCAACAAAUUACAUAUUCAGACAUUUGUUGGUUUAGGUACACUGGAAUUUGAUAGUGGUAUAUUAAAGUCUUUCCUUCACAGUAUUUUGUAAUGCUUGAAAACUGUUACAUGUGCACUGCUAGUAGAAAUUAGAACUUAAACAUUUUUGUUUUUAAGAUUUAUAGGCUAGAUUAGAGACACAUUUGCAUCAACCAGUCACCUCUUCUGCAACCAGAGCUAGCAAAAGAAGCAGAUGAAUGAAUGGAUAUGGUCAUUGAACUGUCUCAUACUUCAAAGACUUUUCCUUAAGGUUAGUAACCAGUCUUUGUUAACAGUAUGAAAAUUUUCUUCAUGUUAAUCCCAUUGAAUCAACAACGCUGUGAUUUAUAAUACAUUAUCAACACUAAAAAAUACAUCGUGUGUGUGUGUGUGUGUGUGUG